AUGGUUGCUAUAUCUUUGUCCUUUGGGGGUCCAGCUGAGGACUACCAUCCUCAAAACUAUGAGCGCUGCCGUGUCACGUUUUCCCCUCUCUACCCAAGCAGCUGUUUCUUAUCCCACGAAGAGGCUUUGGGCGCUCUCUCUUGCUUGUUUCCAAACCCUGUCUUUCACCUAGGGUUCGUCUCCACACCCUCUGCUUCUCGUCUCACCUCGGAUGAAGUUAUUCAGAUGCGUAAUGACCUCUUCACCAAAGAGAAGGAGCGGCAGCUCGCGCUGCACCCGCGAAUUGAGAAAAUCGAAGUUAAAUAUGUCGGAAAAUCUCACCCGGGCAGCGUUUUUGUGAUGAACAAAGCCUUGUCUACUCCAUACAACUGUGCCAUGCACUUAAGUGAAUGGCAUUGUAAGAAAUCAGUACUAGCUCUUGUGGAUGGCGAAGUCUGGGAUAUGUAUAGACCCUUGACCAAAUCAUGUGAAAUUCAGUUCCUUACUUUCAAAGAUGAAAAUCCCGAGGAAGUAAACAAAGCCUACUGGCGUUCCUGUGCCAUGAUCAUGGCGUCCGUGCUGAAGAGAGCUUUCAAAGACGAGUACUCCGUGAAUCUGAUUAAAAGUCUAGAAGUACCAGUGAUCUCUGGAGCUUUCUGCUAUGAUGUAACUUUAGACAGUAGACUCAAUGACUGGAAACCAACAAAGGACAACUUCCGUUCUCUUACAAGGGAUGCCAAUAAGCUAAUUCAUCAGGACCUGCCAUUUGAAGCACUGCAUGUGGAAGCAAAGGUAGCAUGUGAGAUGUUCCAGCAUAACACAUACAAAAUAGAGAUGAUAAAAGAGAAAGCUUCGCAGAACACUGAAGGAAUUGUAACAUUACAUAGGUUUGGAGAUUUCGUAGAUGUCAGUGAAGGCCCUCACAUUCCGAGGACAAGUUUCUGUUACCAGUAUGAGAUAACAGCAGCCCAUAAUCUUCAGACUAAGCAACCUGAGUUGAUAAGGAGGUUCCAGGGUGUAUCCCUGCCAGUCCAUUUAAAGGCUCACCAUACCGUGUGGCACAGAUUGCUGGAAAGGUCUAAGAGACUGGUCACUGAAGAAAAAUGCUUGGAAGCAGAAGAAGGCAGAAGUGAUGGCAGUGCAAAAGAUGCAAAUGAAGAAGAAAAAACUGUCUCACUCUAAAUUAUCUUUAACCUGUAAAUGUACAUAAUUUUUUUUUUUUUUUUACAUGACUUGUGUUGGUAAUUCAGCUGACUUGUGUGGAGUUAAAUUAAAGAUAGGUACAAAAGCAAUAUCACACAUUUCAGUCUGUGUUUGAAUUUUUGGCCACCAUUAAAAAAGCUUUUUUUCCUCAAGUGAGUAAUGAAUGCUUUAUUUGUGGUUACUCACCUUGUAACUACCCGAGUCUUCAUCUUAACAGUAGUUGGUGUGUUUGUUGCACUCUGUGAUUGGUGAUUUGGCCUAUGAACUAGAACUGAACUGGCAGCUGGUAGUGCCA